AAAAAGUGCAGAAGAGUCCUAGGGAGAUGAGGCUAUUUUUAUUCGAAGCUGAUACUUCUGCAUGAGCCACAAGUGCUGCUUGGAAAGGGCUCAGGUUGUUUCCAGGGGGAGAACUCUGCAGAGACAAAGUUCAGCAAGACAACAAAGGAGCAGCAGAAACAGCCAGGAAAACGAAGAGCCCUCCCGGUUGUCCCACAGAACACCCCCAUCAGAGUUCUCAAAUCCUAACGAGUUCUGCGAAGUGCCACUUGACCGGAACGUUUGGCCUGCCUUUUCCUUUCUGGAACCACCAUGACUGAGAUUACUGCUGAAGGAAACGCAUCCACAACUACGACCGUCAUAGACAACAAAAAUGGAUCUGUGCCCAAAUCCCCUGGAAAAGUGCUGAAGAGGACAGUCACAGAAGACAUAGUGACCACAUUCAGCUCCCCCGCAGCCUGGCUCCUGGUCGUUGCUCUGAUAAUCACGUGGUCAGCUGUUGCUGUCGUUAUGUUUGAUUUAGUGGACUACAAAAACUUUUCAGCAAGCUCUAUUUCCAAGAUUGCCUCAGAUCCUCUGAAAUUUGCACAUCAUGCUGUGGAAGAAACCACGGACUGGGUCUAUGGCUUCUUUUCUUUGUUGUCUGACAUCAUCUCGUCUGAGGGUGAUGAAGAAGAAGAUGAUGAUGGGGACGAGGACACUGAUAAAGGAGAAAUAGAGGAGCCUCCCUUGAAAAAAAAAGAAAUGCGCAAAGAAAAAAGUGAAAAGGAGGAGAAGCCUGAAAGGAAAAUACAAACAAAAGUUACACACCGAGAAAAAGACAAAGUAAAAGGAAAAGAAAAAGAAAAACCUGAAAAGAAAGCAACUCACAAGGAAAAAAUUGAGAAAAAAGAAAAACCAGAAUCAAAGACAGUGGCAAAAGAAGAGAAGAAAACUAAGACUAAGGAGAAGACAGAAGAAAAGACUAAAAAGGAACUGAAAGGUGGGAAACAGGAGAAAGUGAAGCAGACAGCUGCAAAAGCAAAAGAAGUACAGAAAACACCACCCAAGCCCAAAGAAAAGGACGAGAAGGAGACCGUAGCUGUGUCCAAGCAUGAACAGAAAGGUAAACAUUCAGACGAGGCUGCUGGAGGUUCUAAGAGAACAUUGGGCAAGAAGCAGAUACAGUGAAAUUGUAAUCUGAAAAAGACUGAGAUCAGACAUCAAAUGGGAGAAAAAUACUUGUAUAAGUAAAUACACCUGAAAAGAAGUACAAUAAAUUGGGAAUUAAAAUUUAUUCAUAGAACUACCCAAAUGUGUCCACAUAUUUAAAGAUGCACUUUUAAGUAUUUAUAAAAGAGGAUUUGAGUGAAUAUCUGAAGUUAUUUAAAAAUUGGUGAUAAAUAUUGAAUUCUUGAAAUAUGGGAUUUUUAUUAAGAUGUGGAACAAAAAUUGUCAGUGUAUACUCUGGAGAAAAAUAGUUCAAGAAAAACAAUCAUUCUCAUGGAGUGUUUUAAGGGUUAUAUAUUUAUCUAUAUAUAGAAUAAAUAUUAUGGAAAGCAUCCAUACAUUCCUGUUGCUUCUGCAAGAGCACCUAAUUUAGAACAUGCAUCAAAUUAUUAAAUUCAGUUAAUUUAAUGGGCAGGAAGGUAUAAGGAAAAGUUCCUUAAGUUUCUUUGCCAGCUUCUAUGGCUACAUACAUGUUAGGCUUUAGAAAGCUUUUUGUCUGAUGUAUUGUGCUAGUCCUCAACAAGAGAGAUGUCAGACUUACAUCCCUAUCGACAGAAAUAGAGAAUUUAAAUGGAGAUGAAAUACAAACCCAGAAAUGUUUUAUGGAAAGGUGCUGUUUAACAUAAUAGGGUGGAGUUUUACGAGAGCAGCUGAGGGCCUUACUGUCUCACAGUUCUGUUCCUUACUGAAUCUUUCAUUCCCUAAGUCCAUUCCUGGCACCAGCUGCCACACAAUCCUGAGGCUCCCAGGACAAAUGUGGAAUCUACUCUGUAGAGACUAUUUCUACACAGGU